CAAUGCUAUUUUAGCCAUCUACGCUACGGAACCCACGAUGUCAUAUUGGCUGCAGUGCCUCGUCUUGUCUGACAUAAAACAAGCAUCCGUGUCCCCUCGUUGCAUUUCACGCUCAAGAUGCCCGUCGUACAUCCAGUUGCCGCUACCAUACUCCACCUCCUCCGCACCGCGGCAACGCUUUGCAUGGGAAUCAUUUUCCUGUACCUCGCUCAUCGCGAGCCCGAAAUUAAGUUCUACGCAUUCUAUGCUGGAACAUACGCAAUCGUGAUGGGCGCUCUUGGGCUGCUUGGUUCGGGAAGCGUUUAUCGCAAGGCUCUUGCGAAGAAAAACGAGGCAACGAAACCCCAAUCAAGCACGGAAACUGCGAUCGAAACCACUCAGACGGAGGGCGUUUGGGAAGAUGAGAAGCUUCAAGGAGCUUCGGUAUCUGCAGACUUGUUGGUCUGAUUGAUGUGUCAAACCUUUUGCAGAUAUCCUGCCCGUAGCUCCGAAGUUCUCUUGCUUCGUAAAUCAAUAGUUCUUCAAGGUAUUGAGGUUGU